AUGAGUUCAACGACUGAAAGCGCAUGGGCUAGUUUUGAUGAAGAUCCUAAACCGCGGAAUUAUAAUAGAAUUGUAAUUCCUGUAGGUCUUUUAUUAGCUGCUGGUGCUGUAGCGGGACCAUAUUUAUAUAGAAAUUUAUAUAGAACACCGAUUAAUUCAACUGCCGGGGCUGAUCUUAUUCCAACAGGUCUGAAAAAAUCUACACCGAUUCAAACAAGCCCGACACAGGAAAGGAACCGCGAACCACUCACACGUAUUAGGUCUUUUAUUAAUUAUUUAAAGAAUAGUGAUUAUAAUUUGUAA